CUGCCCCUCGCCCAUCUUUGUUCCAAAUCUAUUUGAUAAGGCUGAGUCCGAAGAUGGUAUCCGCCCCUAACACCUUUUUGUCCUUCAAAGCCCAACUUUGCUGUGGUCUACUGUGACCCAUCUUUUACCAGUUUCUCACCAACCAACACUUAUCGCAGUGAAUUCUUAAGCUGAUCGGCGCCCAAGAGUAGUAUAUGCCAUGCUCGGUCUCCACAAUGAUAAGAACUCUUCAAUUCCUCAUAACGAUAAGACUCCAACCUUCCACUCCUGAUCCUUCUUCCAUGGCAAACAGAGCCUCUUCUGCAUCACAAGCUAAGGUAUUCCAUGUCUUCCUCGCCUCAUCGUUUCUGCUGCUGUUUUUCUUUUAUCUUUCAACUCAGAUCCACCCUUCAUAUCCUCGAGCCAUCGUUAGAGGAAACUCGAUUCGAUCUCCUGAAGAUUUCGACGACGGAUGCAAUGGCCUCCACAGAUAUGAAAGCUCCGAGGCAAAGUGCAGCUACUUGACAUCCACGGCCCGAUGCGAUCCCCAAGGAUACAUCAAUUACCUCCACUUGUUCUACUGCGCUUGUGGCAACUAUCCAGCUCUCGGUUGCAUCUUGCUGCUCCUGUGGCUUCUCUUGCUAUUCUACCUUCUGGGCAACACAGCAGCCCGUUAUUUCUGCUCAAAUUUAGAGGGCUUAACAAGGCUGCUGAAGCUACCCCCCACCAUUGCUGGAGUUACUCUUCUUUCCUUGGGGAAUGGUGCCCCUGACAUUUUCUCUAGCAUCGUCUCCUUCAAGGAUCCUGACACCAAUGUUGUUGGCCUGAACAGCAUCUUGGGUGCUGCUCUCUUCGUGUCAUGCGUGGUUGUAGGAACCAUAAGCAUCUGCGUCGGCCCUCGCGAGAUCGUCGUCGACAAGUUGAGCUUCAUUAGAGACCUGGGCUUCCUCCUCUUCGUUCUUUUGGUUUUGCUGAUGAUCAAUAUUAUAGGCAACAUCAACGUGCUCUGCGCUUUGGCCUUCACUUCACUCUAUGUGGUUUAUGUGCUCCUCGUUUCUAUUGGACAUCUCUUUUGGAAGGAGGAUGAAGAGGAGGAUCUAAUUGAUGUCUGCGCUCCAUUGCGCAGCGGCAAAACCUUUUCAUUCCAAGCAGCAGAGCAUGGUGACUUGGGGGCUCCUCUGUUAAGUAGCAUCGCAGAAAUGGAUGAAUCGAUCUUGACAGCGGAAGAAGGCCGACGGGCUAAUGAACCAAAGGCUGCCAAGAUCUGCUUCAGGAUCAACUCAUCAACUUCUUCUUGGUUUGGCAGAUUUCUGUACCUUUUAGAGCUGCCUCUUUAUCUUCCUAGGAGAUUGACAAUUCCAGAUGUUUCCCAUGAAAGAUGGUCUAAGCCAUAUGCAGUUGCUUCAGCAACAUUUGCACCAGUUCUUUUGGCAGUCGUCUGGGAUUCCAAGAGGGAAGGAAAGGCUGCAGAGGAAAGAAUGGUGAUCUAUCUCUUUGGUGGAUUGAUAGGGAUGGCUUGUGGGAUUGCUGCAUCUUUGAAAACUAAGAAGGAUGGACCUCCAACAAAAUUUCUCUGUCCAUGGCUUGCAGGUGGCUUCCUUAUGGGUGUUGUUUGGAUCUAUAUUAUUGCUGAAGAGCUGGUUUCUCUCCUAGUCUCCAUUGGGACUGUAUUAGAGAUAAGCCCUUCACUUCUAGGACUCACUGUCCUAGCCUGGGGUAAUUCUUUGGGGGACUUUGUCGCCAACGUGUUUGUGGCACUGCAAGCAAAGCCAGGUGGGGCCCAGGUGGCGAUAUCUGGAUCCUAUGGUGGGCCCAUCUUCAACAUCCUAGUGGGCCUGGGCCUCCCCCUUAUCUUCUCCUCAUGGGCUGCCUACCCUUCUCCCUUGGUCAUCCCAAAGGACCCCACCAUGUUUCAGACAAUGGGGUUUCUGAUUGGUGGCCUGUUGUGGGCCCUGCUGAUGUUGCCUUGGAGAGGCAUGAAGCUUGACAGGGUCUUUGGCUGUGGGCUCCUAACCAUUUAUCUUUGUUUUAUGUCUCUGAGAAUUGUAGAGUCACUUGGGUUGCUUCAGCUUCAAUAACAAUGGAGAAAUUUAGUCCAAUUGGUGCAAUAGAUUGUGGG